AUGGAGUCGCGGGUUUGCGUGACGAGUCAGCGCUCGCCGACAGCCGGACACCAGGAAGGAGAGAGCGAUGCCGGUUUUGGAGAGGAGCGGCAGCGCCUGGAGACCAUCCUGAACCUCUGUGCCGAGUACACCAAGACAGACGGCGCCGAGCCGGGCAAUGUGCAGCGGCUCCUGGCUGGCGACGCGGACGCUGGGCGGCAGGUGCCCGUGGGUGCCAUAACUCUGGGCCAUGCCACCAAGGAGCUGCGGCAGAGGGAGAGCUUGGAGAGGUCGGACGAGGAGAACCUGAAGGAGGAGUGCAGCAGCACUGAGAGCACCCACCACGAGGUGAGGGGAUGGCCGUGCCGUGCCAUGCCGCCGUGCCGUGUCGCACCGUGCCAACCUGCCCUCUCCGCAGAGGCGGCGCAGCAGCUGCAGGAGAAGCUCGCCCGCCUGGACGCCAGCAUCCGGAAGGAGCGGGACAAGGAAAGGGCAAAAGUUGAUGCUGAAAGGAAGGAGCUAGAGCAACUCCGGGCGCUUUACCAUGAGUCGAAGAGCCACCUUGAUAAGUGCCCCGAGUCAAUGCGGGAGCAGUUGCGGGAGCAGAUGCGAAGGGAGGCGGAGGCACUGGAGACGGAGGCCAAGCUCUUCGAAGACCUGGAGUUCCAGCAGGCCCGGGGGGCCGAGCGCCUGGCCAGGGAGAGGAAUGGCAUCCUGCAGCUCCUGCAGAAGGAAAAGGAGAAGCUCAUCUCGCUGGAGCGGCGAUACCAGCUCGUCACAGGCGGCCGGAGCUUCCCCAAAAUGUCCUCAGCUCUCAGAGAGGAGACCCUCCAUAUCUCAGAGCCUUAUGAGCUGUUGGAGGGAACUAAGCCCCCCAGCCCCCUGCCAGCAGCAGCUGCCUCCUUAGCUUCUCCUGCCGCCCGCUCCUACCCCAAGGCACAAGAGGUCUAUCGUGCCAAAACGGAGGGCGACGCUGGUACUUUUACCCCUCGGAUGAAGAGCGGGACCCCCUCAUCCUCGCAGCUCAACCUCUCUGUGCUGGGGCGCAGCCCCUCGCCCAAGCAGCUGGAACGCCGGCUGCAGGAUGAGACCGCGCGGCGGCAGAAGCUGGUGGAGAAGGAGGUCAAGCUGCGGGAGAAGCACUUCUCGCAGGCCUCGUCCCCUACGCGGUACCUCCCCAUCCGCAAGGAGGAUUUCGACCUGCGGCUGCACAUUGAGUCCUCGGGCCACAGCGUGGACACCUGCUACCAUGUCAUCCUGACGGAGAAGAUGUGCAAGGGCUACCUCGUCAAGAUGGGUGGCAAGAUCAAGUCUUGGAAGAAGCGCUGGUUUGUCUUUGACCGCAUGAAGCGCACCCUCUCCUACUACGUGGAUAAACACGAGACGAAGCUGAAGGGCGUCAUCUACUUCCAAGCCAUCGAAGAGGUUUACUACGACCACCUCCGCAGCGCAGCAAAGAGCCCCAACCCCGCGCUCACCUUCUGCGUCAAGACC